GUGAGGGUGAGGGAGCGCCUGCGGGCCGGAGCGGAGCGGAGGGGCCCUCUCCUCUCCUCUCCCGGGCCCAGGGAGCAGGGAGCAGGGAGGCCUUGGUGUUCCUGGCGGAGGCGGAGGCGGAGGCGGAGGGAGGGGCGUUUCUGGGGCGGCGGGGGGCUGCCAUGAAUGGCUUCAGCACCGAGGAAGACAGCCGGGACGGGCCCCCUUCCGCCCCCGCCUCCGCCUCCUCCGCCGGCGCCCCGCUUUGCGGCCAGAGCUGCUGCCUGAUCGAAGACGGGGAGCGGUGCGUGCGCCCGGCCGGCAACGCCUCCUUCAGCAAGAGGAUCCAGAAGAGCAUCUCCCAGAAGAAGCUCCGGCUGGACAUCGACAAGAGCGUAAGACACUUAUAUAUCUGUGAUUUCCACAAGAACUUCAUUCAGAGUGUUCGAAACAAAAGGAAAAGGAAGACGAGUGAUGAUGGGGGAGAUUCUCCAGAGCAUGACAUAGAUGUCCCAGAGGUUGACUUGUUUCAACUUCAGGUAAACACUCUACGGCGUUACAAAAGGCAUUACAAGUUGCAAACUAGGCCUGGGCUCAAUAAAGCUCAACUAGCUGAAACGGUAAGCCGCCAUUUCAGGAACAUCCCAGUGAAUGAGAAAGAGACCCUUGCUUAUUUCAUCUACAUGGUAAAAAGUAACAAGAGCAGAUUGGAUCAUAAAUCAGAAAGCAGCAAAUUAGAAUGAAAAUUAAAUAAACUCUGGACAUAAGCAGUUGUGGUAUUAAAGGUGCAUUAUAAAUAUUUUUAAACUGUUUAUAGACUUUUUUGUAAAUUAUAUUGUGCAAUAGAAAGUAUAUAGAAAAGUUUGGUCCAUGGUGUUAAGAGUAUACAAUUCGGGGUGUGUGUGAUGACUUCUGUGGUGUCAAAUCCCAACAUUUAACUAAGGGAUAAAGAUCACAGGAAAAACCAAGAUGUCAAAGACAAGAACUGUACAGAGGAUAGAAAUAAAUCAUUUAUGAUGUAUGUCACAUAUGAAAUGAAUUCAACAUUUUGAAAUUGGAUCAUAUUGUGUCCAGAGAGUAUUUAUAGCACAGAUCAGGCAUAGCACUGGACUUCUGGUUCAAAAAAAAUCUUAAAUUGUAUCUCACUGCUUGUGCACAAUAUGAGAUUACUUGUCUCACAUUUUCAUGGGUGCUAUAGUCUCUAAGCCUUUGUGUCUGUCGGGCAAGAGAGAGUUUUCAUAGAUGAAUAAGCCUAGCUUAUCUGCUAAUUUCUUUAAGAAUACAGUAUCUGUUUCAUAAAUUCACAAGUUAAAUUGUUAAAGGAUAAUUUUUAAUGGUGAGUUACUAUAAUUUUGACAUGUUAUCUGCUGUUUUUCUAGAGACUGGCAUAUAUAUUUUGGUUUGUAUUCACCAUGAUGCUAAAAAUGGCUUCAUUUAAGUUGCUGUGUGCCUUGAUCCAUAAAUGAAAUACCACAUUAAGUCUGGUACUGUUUAGAAGCCAUUUGGAUGUAGGUUCAAUCUAAGUUUACAAAGGUAUAUAUCCAUUCGACAAACAGUAUUAAUGGCCUAUUUGAUUCUCUGAGAUUUGAGUGCAUGAUGUACAUUGCAGUGCAUAUGCAUACAGCAUCACCAUACUUUUCAGUGCAGAGGUAGCAUUGUGACUUAAAGAUAGCCUCAAAUUGGUGGCCUACCAGGUUUAACUUUUCAGGUGCUGCUGCCCAUUUUUUGUAAUCCCAGCUGGACAUGGUUGACAAGUUUUUGACCCCUUUUUGAGCUGUUAAAACAGUCCCAAGUUACUCAGGCCUGGUCUAAAAUAAAACUUUACUGAAACAACAGAAUUGUGAUACUAUUUGUUGAUGCUGUUGUAUUUUAUUCACAGUGAAUAUUGAAACUAAUACAACAUCACAGUCCUUAACUUUGCUUUUAAAAGCUGCAGUCUAAGUACCACUGAAAUAAAUUAAACUUGCCUCCAAAUAAAAGGUGUCUGGUGUUGUGUAAGAUACCAAGAUGCCUGCUCCAAAGAUGAUUUCUCAAAUACUAUGAUGAUAUUAUGCUUUGGUGAAUUACUCUAUGGGAAGAUUCUGCUUAAGUGAUACUGUGUGUAUUUAUUAUGCAGGAGUGUAGGGAGGAAGUUUUAACAUCUUCACUUGUUUCUAAUUCUAACAGAGUAUGUGGAAGCCUACAAUUUGUCUCAAAGAUGAUGAAUUCAUAUGCAACAGUGUAUUUGUUUAUUUCUCUGGCAAACAGAUGUUCAAGAAACAUCAGCUUGUGUCAUGUGUGGAUAUUUUUCCAGUUAAUUGGAUACAACUGUACUUUUAAGGAUGGAUAUUUCCUGGCAAGAUAUGUCCUGUUAGUAGAUCAUAGGAUAUGUAUAUUUAAUGCAUCUUGUUUAAACACAUGUAUGACUGUGUAAUUGGAAACGGUGCUAAAAUACUUCAGUUUGCUACUUUACAUUUUAAAAUUUGCUAAAUGGUUUCAGAUUGAACUACGUAGCCAUAAAUUCAGUUCAAUAAUCUUUACAGGUGAAAUGGUCUUUGGCUAAUUGUGGCUUCAUAAGAUUCAUCUUGUGCAGCUUGGAGGUCAUGGCACAAUUUCUCUAAGAUAAGCAUCCUCUGCCUCAUUUCUAGACCAAAAAUAUAAACUUUUGUGCACUGGGGCUUAUUUUUGCAAAUAACUGCAAAGUUUCAGAGUGAAUCUAGAGAAGAUACACAUGGCUUGUGUACAGAAAAAUAACUGGAGAGUUUCAAAAAUACAAAUGGAUUGUCUACAGAAAACUACAGAGCAAAUGCUUUCUUUUAAGGAGCUGCUUUCUAGGUCAAAUCAAGGAACCUUUUUCCCCAAAUGAAUGAACCAGUGAAAAAUUCUUACACAAGCAAAUCAAUGCUUUCAAAGUGAAGAGGAUUACAGAUCUCAGCAUCAGAUUUGAGAAAUUGUAGGUGUCAUAAUUUGUGAGUCUUAUUGCCUUUUAUAAACAUCUGUAUAUGCCUUAUACUCAGCUAGACCAACAAAUGUUGAGCAAAUGUCUUCGUACCCAGGGUGGACCAUUCUUGUGGCUUAUUAUGUUAGAAACAGAUCCUAUUAACAGCAAUAUCUAUAUUCAGGGAGAAGUCUGUGAUUCUUGAACAUCUUGUUUUGAAUCACCAAAAACACCAUAAUGCAGUUGUUUAAUAUAAUGGCAAAUUAUGCUGCAUGCCAUUUAAGGAAACUUUCUAUUUCUUGUGGUUUUAAUAAAACCUUCAUCGGCACUUUUGAGCUUCAAAGAUAUGAAUCCUUAGGCAAUGACUAAAAUUAGUAGAAUAUAUAAGAAUAGCGUCACAUUGACAGAGUUCAUUAAGACUUGGGUUGUAUUCUUGUCAGAUGUAAACUUUACAUGCAGUUUAAGCUGUUCAGCAAUGAACCUCAGCCUGGGAGUGACUCUUUUAACACUUAGGGCUUACCACAUCUAUACUGAAUGAAACCAUUCCAAACCAAAAUAUUUGUUUGAAGCCAUCAUACUCAUCUAAGAACCCACUUAACCCUACUAGAAGGGCCAUAAAUUGUUUUAAUGGGCUUUGCAUCAGAGCCAAAGAUCUUACUGUGGCACAUCUUCUUUGAGGUUGACUUCAUCAAAGAUGAUGAUCCUCAGUGUGUUAAUUAUUGUACUUGUAGUAGUAGUAGUAGUAACAGUAAUAGCACAAGAAUUUUUGUUCAUCCCUUGAACUGAAUGAAGAAAAGAGCAAAGGGAAGGGGAAUGUGCAAUGACAUUUACAAUAAUGGAAUGACAUGUUUAUGAAGAUACGGUACAGUUGAUAGAACCAUCAGGCCCUGUUCACCUUCCAAGUGUGUCUUUGCAUUGUAAAUAUUGCAUAUUGAAUGUCUACAUUAAAUUUCAGAUAUUGUCUUGCAAGGAAUGUUAUAAUUCAGAAGGGACAGUCUUGAUAUUCUUGCAGAACCCUUGAGUUGAGUCACAAAGCUAAACCAAACAGUUUGUUUUUUUGCCACCUGAAAGAUUUGUCAGUAAAAACUUCCUGGGUAGGCAAGCAAAAAAUCUUAAAGCCAAAAUAACACAUGGCAAGAGUUUAGUCCCCCCCCCCCCAUGCUUCGAAAGCAGAAUAAAAAGAUCCAUGAGCAAAGUAGAACCCAGAAAUGUAGCUGUUGGUGAUUUGUCUAAGAGAGGACUUAAUAAACAGUAUUCUAAAUUUUGUAACAAGUAGAUUAGCCAAAUGCAAAUAUUGGGAGUGGGACAGGAAAAUCUUGCACUUUACCUUAUAUUGAUAAAACAUAAUGUAAAUAAUAUUGAAACUCUUUGAUGUGAUUGGGGUGUUUGCUUUAGGGGCAAAACAUACAACCUGCUGGGAGCGGCCAGAGGUUGUUCCAGCCACAAUUGCGCCACAAUGACCACAUGGCCUUCUUCCAAAGUGGGCUACUGCCACAGUCCCAACUCGGCCAUCGCCAAGGGCCGGAUUUAAUCAGCUCCUUUUUCCAACAGCUUAAGACCAUCUUUGGUAGCCUCAUAGUGGCUUCUGGCCACUUUUGGGGCAUUCAUAAACACCAUGCCCUAAAAGCAGCCAGAAGCCGCUUCUUUUGGCCUGUGCAUUUCCGGCCUUGGAAGGCAAAUCUGUGGUGCACUUGUUGUCACUUCACCCUGUACAAUGAAAUGAGAGAUUGACAAAUCUUAAGAAAAACAUUUCACCACUCCCAAAACUUAAUAAAGGACCUUUACAGUGAUAAAGCAGAAUAUCACCACUCACACUUGUGAUAACCCACAUGCUUUUUUGUGAUUCUGUAUAUCUGUUGUUGUUUUUUAAAUAUCAUCAAUAAUGCUACAGGGUAACCUCUGCUCUCCUAUAAAAUUCUCAUUUAUCAAUUGUUUUAUUAGAUGUUAAAUUUUAAAUGUUUGUGGAGGGGAAGGGGAUUAUGCCUUAAACUCAGAGUUUCAAUUAAAUAUGUUGUAUGAAAUAAUUUAGCAAUAGUUUUAUGCACCCCCCCCCCCCAUCUUUCGAUCAUAGGCUUAUGGAGCUUGUCUCUUACUAUGUUGCCUUCAUCCGCUCUAUCUUGUCUUCCUGCUCACUACAAAAAUACAUUUUUAUGCCCCUUUGAUUUAUAACAGGCUUACUAGAAGAAAUCAACUUUCUUUUGCCUUCAGUCUGGUGGGUCUUUAUGUGUUGUACUGAUCUUUACGACAAAUGUUUUUGGUAAACUUGUAUCUUUAAUUGUGGAUUAUAACUGUAUAAACUUAAAGCAAUCUAGUAAUUUAUAGUGGAACUAUAGAGUUCUUUUCUCUAAGAUGUAUAGUGUAUCCUUCCUUCCACUCUGUAACACUUAAAACUCUGUACUGUUGGAUAAAGAUGUAAAUGCUUGAGAUUCCUUUCUAAUAAAUGAUCACCUGAGCAGCCAUAUA